CAGAAAUAUGCCACCAUAGUUAACAGAAUAUAUGAUUUUUAUAUUGAAGGCAUCAUAAAGUCAAUCCCCGUCAUAUAUCUAUCUACAUGUAUUUUCCGAUAGUGUCAAACCCCUCAUGGACACGGGGAGUAGACAUUUGAUGAUGCUCAGGAAUCUGACCUAUCAUAAAAGACAGGGUGUGCUUGUUACUAUCACUUAAAUAAAUUGUAACAAUAAUCUAUUCAAGAAACAAACAAAAAUGAAGGAAAACCCAGGUGUACACUAACAGUUGAUGCGGUAGUACCUGUAAGAAUAUCAUACAGUUACCUGAAUCAGUGGGGCACCUGAGAAUCAGUGUAUUUUCUUUAAGCAUAAUUAAGCUUUGUUUGAACAGGGAGUCACAUUACAUUUACAUCAUCAGUUUUUGCACUGGUUGUGACCAGGGAAUGGGUAAUGGAAUGGUAAUGGACAUAUUAUAUAUACCAAAGCGGGUCCCACAGCAGAGGUCGCGAAAGCCGUCGGACAUGUCCGGUAAAUUUUGAUCCGGUCCGACGUGAUAUAUCAAGUUCACAAGACCGAGUGUCCGAUAAAAAUUGCAGGUAAAUACAAAAAUUACAGGUCAAUAUGAUAAAAUAAGAAGAAAGUUCUCCACGACUUCGCAAAAGUUUGAACAAAAAAAAACUUACUUUCAUUAUAACAUGGAAUCCCGAGAAAUUGUUGUCGAAAUAUAUUUUAGUAAGCGCUUGUUUGAUUGGUCCUUAAAAUAGAAACAGUGGAAACCUCUUACGACGUCACAACAAUUUUAAGAACGCGCGUAUCACUGGAUGCGUUGUUCCGACUAAUCGUGGAUGGUACUCGAUUUAUGUACGCAUUCAAUUUUUCUAGCAACAGCGCGAGAACCAGGCGGGAAUUUCCAGAAAUUUCGAGGUCAUCUUUCAAUGUCAACAUCAACGUGACAUUCGGUGUUUGUCAGCGGAGCGAGGAAGAAAAAGGUGAUUUCGAUUUCAUACUAUUCGUUUUUGUUGUUAAAAUUUAUUUUUAAUAAACAUGUUAUCAAAUUUGAAGUACUUUGAUGGUGCAAAGCCUGGUCUUAAACGGAAAACGAACCCCACGGCCGAGGAUGUAAAAUCAAAGAGUAAAAAGUAUGAGCAAAAUCGGCCCGAGAGAAAAUUAAAUGAAAAGUGGAAAAUAGGUCGAUCUUGGCUAGUAUUUAGUGACAAUGACACUAUGAAGUGUUCUAUUUGUAUCUCAUAUUUUGAAGGUAAGGUAUCCGAUCCUUCAAAUUUGAGAGGCAAUAACACUUUCAUUUCAGGUUGCACUAACCGUAAGAUCAGUGCUGUUACUGAUCAUGAAAACUCUAAGAGUCACUUGAAAGCUGACUCUUAUUAUAAGUCAAAGUCAAGUUCUUGCGAAGAAGUGUUGCACUCGCCUGCAGGCCAUGCAUUGAUGUCCAUGAAAUCGGCUGAAAGACAUCGACUUGCCUACCUUUUUCGCAAUAUCCAUGCUGUUGCAAAAAAUAAUAGACCUUUAACCGACUAUACCUGGUUAUGUAAGGUAGAUAAAGCAAAAGGUCUAGAUUUAGGCGACACUUAUCUAAACGAAAAAGCUGCCCUGGAUUUUCUUUCUGCCAUUUCAGGUACAACAACAGACAAGACACUGUCAAUUUUGAAGGAGGCCCCAUUCUUCAGUUUUCUAAUGGAUGGAAGCACUGACAUUGCUGGAGACGAACAAGAGUCGCUCUAUGUUAGGAGUGCAGCUAAAGGACGUAUCAUAGAGAGGUUCCUGUGCAUUGGCUCUCCUAAAAGUACCUGUUCUGCAGAUCUGCAAGUAUUUGUUAUGGAGGCCCUCGAUGGCUAUGGGAUUGACAAAGGGAAGCUUGUUGGCAUGGGCAGUGAUGGUGCUUCAAAUAUGGUUGGCUCCAAGACUGGUUUGGCAACUCUGUUGAGGCAGGAUGUCAAUCCAGAAAUGGUCAACAUACAUUGUCUUUGUCACCGACUGGAGCUUAGCUUCAGAGAUGUUGUAAAGGGGUCUAAGCUUUAUGACAAACUUAUGACACUGCUCGUUGGACUGCAUUAUUUUUACAAAAAACAAUACAAAAACAAAAAAGGCCUACUGAGUGCCAUGGAUGCAAGUUCUGUCAAAGGUGUCUUGCCACCUAGGGUUACAGGUACAAGGUGGCUUCCCCACCUCACUCAGGGCAUCACCAGCUUGCUAAAAACAUUCAAGGCUUAUGAGAUGCACCUUUCUACAGCCAGCCAUGAAAAUCCAAAAGCUGAAGGAUUUUAUAAGAUGCUGACAGACAGGAACCUGAUCACUUUUGCCAUUUUCUUAAAGGACACAUUAGACCCAUUGAUGAAACUAUCUCUGCGUCUACAGAAAGAUGAUAUCACCUUGGCAGACAGUCUAUUCUGGAUUGACACCACGGCAAGUCUCAUUGACGACUCAUUUGCAAGAAACAGUGAUCAGCUUACAGAGGUGUUAGAAACCGGGGCUGUAGCUGGAGUGACCUUGAAGGGACAACGUCCAGAAAUGGCUUACAGGGAAACCAUGGUUAAGGGUUUCUCUGAAGCACUAAGAUCACGGUUUUAACUGAAUAGCCCUGAAAAGUCAGUUGUUGAUGCCACAAGAGUUUUGAGUACAAAACACUGGCCUGUUGAUGACGAUGCAGUAUUUAGAGGUUAUGAUGUUGAGAUCUUGGUUGUUUGGUUGAACGUUUAUUCAUGUGUUGCGUUGUUAUUGUUCCUGUUGGAGAAAAUCUGUGUUGAUUCAGUUUUAAUAUUUCUUUCUUUAUUAGUGAUAAACAGUGUUUUAGUUUGUCAAAGUCUGGUCUUGGAUUGGAUUAAUAGAGUUACCAGAGAUAUAAACUAGCUAUUUUUAUUUAGGGGACCAGACUGUUAAAAUAAAUGUUUAACAUUAGGUA